AUGCGCGACAUCUUCGUGCUCGAGCAAUCCUGCAACGUCGAUUAUGACGAUGCUGUUGAUCUGCGAGAUGGCUUUCGAGGUUGCGCCACUUCGCCAGUAGCCGAAGCAGAGUCCGCGAGCUCCGAAGUGGCUGUGUAUGGCGGUGACGAAGACCUUGGGCAGAUCGUCCUCGGAGCACGCGAGUACCCAUCCGGCCGCCCAUCAAGCCGUUUCUUAGCAGGUAGCAUCUCGUCAUGCUCGCGCCGGCCGAUGCUACCAUCUACCGUUCGUCCACGGGAAACGGUCGCCUGUGCUAUUCGUGCAGUGUUUCAACACUUGCUGAUCUCUGCGUGCCAGCUGCGCGACAAUUGGCGUCGAGUCUCCUCCAGAGAGAAGCAAUGCAAGGCGAUUACGCACAUGAAUCGCGGGGCAAGAGGCGGCCGCAUUGCAGACCGGCUGUGGCGGUUGGCCAUGGUAUUCUUGCUGGAUUUGCGCAAGGGACCCGCUGCGAGAAUACUGCGCACAUCGCAUGAAGUCGAGUUGGGCCGUAGUCGGUCUUCGGUCGCUUGUGUCUUCAGCUCAACAAGGAUGGUCGUUCAAGAUCAGGUGCGCUAA